AUGGCUGAGGAUGUCGGGGAAGCCGUCCGCGUGGAGAUGCUGCAGGAGGACCACAGCUAUGGGCCCCAGGCCAGUGCUGGGAGAGCGGCCAGAAGGGACAGCUGCAGAAACGGGUCUCUCACCUGCUGCCUGCUGUCGAUCCCCAUCCUAGUAAUGCUCGUCGCCUACCUGUUCAUCUGCCAGACCCAGACCCCUGCGGAGGGCUGUGUGUUCAAGAAUCCAAGAUUCCAAGAAGCCAGGGAGCAAGCUCAGCUUCCUCAUGCCCAGAAUAGCUGGGAAUGGAUCCUGCCACCAAACAAGCCAAAGGAGAAAGAAGUAGAAGAUGGGACUUUCAAAGGGGAAAUCCAGGUCACCACGCAGAUCUUGAGAAGACAUCACAAUUCAUCUAGAGAAAAACCAAGGGCACAUCUCACAGUUGAGAAACAAAUUCCCACCCAAGCCUUGGAAAAUGCGUUCCCAGUUCUGCGUUGGCAAGAUAAUGCCGGCUUGGCCUUCACCAAGAACCAGAUGAACUAUACUAAUAAAUUCCUGAUGGUCCCAGAGCCAGGGGAAUACUUUGUGUACUCCCAGAUCACAUUCCGAGGGAACAGGCCUGAUUGUGGUAAGAUUGACAAGGCUAACCAAGUAAACAAGCCUAAGGCCAUCGUUGUGGUCAUUACCAAGGUAUCUAAGAGAGAACCCGGGCCAAUUCAGCUCCUAAGGGGAACCAAGUCUGUGUGUGAGAUUAGUAGCAACUGGUUCCAACCCAUUUACUUAGGGGCCAUGUUCUCCCUGCAUAAAGGGGACAUGCUGAUGGUGAACGUCAGUGACAUCACUUUGGUGGAUUACACAAAAGAAGAGAGAACAUUCUUUGGAGCCUUCCUGCUCUAG